AUGCAUCGAAGUGGAGGUGUAUGCCAGUGUACGAAUACCAGCAAGCAAUUUGACUAUCAAAGCAAAACCUGUAGAGUUCCAUGCCGCGAUGGAGACUGUGAAAAUGGUGCUAAAUGCACUGGCAAAGGUUAUAAAUUUUGCGAAUGUUUGCCAGGAACAACUGGUCAUUUUUGCUCUGACAUUACGGAAUGCCAAAAGGAGAAUUUUUGUGGUACAGAUGGCGACACUACGUGUAUGUAUGAUAGUGACAAAAUGGAAGCUAUAUGCCAGUGUACGAAUACUAGUAAGCACUUUGAUUGUUAUGAGAAAGCAUGCAGAGUUCCAUGCAGGGUUGGAAACUGUGACAAUGGUGGUAAAUGUGUUGGCGAUGGAUAUUUUAAAUUUUGCGAAUGUUUGCCAGGAACAACUGGUGCUUUUUGCUCUGACGUUACGGAAUGCCAAAAGAAGAAUUUUUGUGGUACAGACGGCGACUCAGUGUGUAUGUAUGACAUCAACCAAACCGAAGCGAUAUGCCAGUGCUCCAAUAUUAGCAAACUCUUUGAUUAUAAGCAGAAAAUAUGCAGAGUCCCAUGCAGAGAUGGAAACUGUGACAAUGGCGGUAAAUGCACGGGCAACGAAGAUUUUAAAUUUUGCGAAUGCUUGCCCGAAACAACUGGCUCUCUCUGCUCUGAUGUUACGGAAUGCCAAAAGGAGAAUUUUUGUGGUACAGACGGCGACUCUAUAUGCAUGUUUGACAGCAACCAAAUGGAGGCAGUAUGCCAGUGUUCAAACAGUAGUAAGCUCUUUGAUUAUAAGCAGGCGAUAUGCAGAGUUCCCUGCACAGAUGGAGAUUGCGACAAUGGCGGUAAAUGUACCAAUAACGAAGAUUUUAAAUUUUGCGAAUGUUUACCAGGAACAACUGGCUCUCUAUGCUCUGAUGUUACGGAAUGCCAAAAGGAGAAUUUUUGUGGUAUAAACGGCGACUCUGUGUGUAUAUUUGACAGCAACCAAAUGGAAGCAAUAUGUCAAUGUUCGAAUAUUAGCAAGCUCUUUGAUUAUAAACAGAAAAUAUGCAGAGUGCCAUGUUACAAACAAGGAACAUGCCAGAAUGGUGCUGUUUGCACCGAAAGUUUCUGCGAAUGCUUGCCGGGAACUAGCAGUGAUUUUUGCGAGGAAAUUUCUGCGUGCGAAAAUAUAACUUUCUGUGGUUAUGGUAAUGAAACUCGAUGCAUUUAUGACACAACAGAAAAGACAGCCGUGUGUGAAUGCUUAAGACCCGAUGCAAAAUUCAACUACCUUACAAGAACAUGCCAUUGCGAUUGCGGUGUCAAUGGAACGUGUUACUUUGACAGUUCUGAAAGAAAGAAAUGCAUAUGCAGUGAAGGAUUUAAAGAAUUUAAUGGCUGGUGUAACGAAUGCGACUGUGGAGGUAAUGGAACGUGCUCUUUAGACACAUAUGGGGAAAAGAAAUGUGUAUGCGAUAAUGGAUUUGCAGAACAUAACGGAGCUUGCAAAGAAUGCGACUGUGGAGGUAAUGGAACGUGCUCUUUAGACACAUAUGGGGAAAAGAAAUGCGUGUGCGAUAAUGGAUUUGCAGAACAUAAUGGAGUUUGCAAAGAAUGCGACUGUGGAGGUAAUGGAACGUGCUCUUUAGACGCAUAUGGGGAAAAGAAAUGCGUAUGCGAUAAUGGAUUUGCAGAACUUAAUGGAGUUUGCAAAGAAUGCGACUGUGGAGAUAGUGGAAUGUGCUCUUUAGACACAUAUGGGGAAAAGAAAUGUGUAUGCGAUUAUGGAUUUGCAGAACUUAAUGGAGUUUGCGAAGAAAUAUGCAAAAAUGACUCCGACUGUUUUCAUGGCGGGGAAUGCAGACAGAAAAUCUGUUUAUGCAAGAACGGUACUAGCGGUGACAAUUGCCAGAAUAUCGAGGAAUGCAUGACGUUAGAUAAAGUGUGUCGAGGGGCUAAUGCUGUAUGUAGUUACAACAUUGAAGAAGAAAACGCUUCUUGUAAAUGUGAAGAAGAAGGAAAGAUAUAUAACGAAGUGACAGGCAAAUGCCAAGUUGAAUGUAAAAAUGACUGCAAUUGCUUUCGUGGCGGAGAAUGUAGACAGAAAAUCUGUUUAUGCAAGAACGGUACUAGCGGUGACAAUUGUCAGAAUAUCGAGGAAUGCAUGACGUUAGAUAAAGUGUGCCGAGUGGCUAAUGCUGUAUGUAAUUACAACAUUGAAGAAGAAAAGGCUUCUUGUAAAUGUGAAGAAGAGGGAAAGAUAUAUAACAAAAUAACAGGAAGGUGCGAAGGUAAAAGAAGCAAAGGAUACUUUUCUGCAAUUCUUGGAACACUAUGCAGUGUUCUGUUUAUAUUUUUCUCAGUUUUAUGCUAUUUACAUUAUAAAAAGCAAAAAACUGGAAAAACGUACGUACAGUUAAAAGUUUUGAGCUUCUUUGAUAGCCACAAUGGUACUGCUUCUCUCCCUGAGACGUCGUGAAGUGUCUCGCUCAUCAAGACAGCUACAAACGGUGCUUUCAGGCUACAGGGUUGGAUAUACAAACUGUGCAAAUGGGACUUUUCAACCUGCCUCAGAAUUUUAUCACUGUAACUUCGAAUAUUUUGUUCAUGUUAUGAUUA